UCAGCAAAACCUAAUACCCACUCUAACUAGUAUAAAUUCGCAGUUGCACUUAAGCUCAUAACAGGCUUAACAUACAAAUUAUAACAGCAAAUUUGAUUUGAGUUUUGAAGUUUGAGCUAAAAGGGAAAAAUGAAGGCAGCAUCAAUUGAACUUGGAGAAGCAUCAAAGGCUAAAGUUCAUGGAGUAAACAGAGGGAUCUCUGUAUUUGAUCUUGUUUUACGUAUCGCUGCACUUGUUGGAACCUUAGGAGGUGCAGUGGCAAUGGGUACUGCAGAUCAAGCACUUUCCUUUAGCACACAGGUUGUAAAUUUUGAGGCUCAAUAUGAUGAUAUCGACGCGUUUAAGUUCUUUGUCGUUGUAAAUGCCAUAGCUUGUGGAUAUCUUGCACUUACUCUCCCUAUUUCCAUCUUUCACAUUAUGAAAAGAAGAGCAGGAAACAGCAGAGUUUUGCUCAUCGUUCUAGAUGCGAUAAUGCUGGUUUUUAUCACAUCUGGAGCAUCUGCAGCAGCCGCGAUUGUGUUUUUGGCACAUAAUGGGAACCCUUCAACUAAUUGGUUUUCGAUAUGCCAACAGUAUACAGAUUUCUGUCAGCAGUCUGCUGGAUCACUUAUUGGCUCUUUCGGUGCAAUGGCCAUGAUGGUUCUCCUUAUUAUUUUGUCAGCUAUCGCGUUAUCCAGGAGCUAAAGUGUAAACAAAAGAAACUGGCUACACCAGCAAUUGCUAGCCUUAGUGUGUAUUGUGGUUUGAAUGGUUAAUUUCAUCAGUUGAAUUUCAGUGUGUUUUUUCAAACAUGAAACUUGUAUCAAGAUUGUCAUCAGGUGUAUCAGGUGUUUCAUUUAUCCCCGUGAAUAUUCACAAAUGAAAAGAUUUCAUGUUUCCAUUAGAAUGUUUUUUUCUUCUUUUAAGGAUCUAGUACUUGGGACCACACAAGCAGAGGCGGAUCUAGAAUUUAAACUCUAUGGUUCGACAUUUAAGGUUAUUAACAUUGAACCUAUUAUAUUUUAAUAGUAUGGGUUCAAACCUACCAUUUGUUACAGUUUUAGUGAAUUUUUACACAUAAAAUUAUGCUGGAUCCUCCUCUGCAUACAGGAGAACUCAUCUUCAAAAAUCAAGUUAACAAUCCAUAGUUUCAUUAAGCAGAAACUGAUAUUUACAAUAUAGAUUGUCUCAGAAAUGACUCUCAAAACUAUGUAAUCAUAAGCUCUAAUUUGUUUAUUGAGGAAAGUCCUUUUCUGAACAAACUAAUGAACGUAAAUUGAGACUAUUUCAACUGCUACUGUAUAUAAUUUCAAGAUUUCUUGACCACUUUGAGAAAUAGGCUCUUUACAUUUGAUGUGCAAACUCUCACAUUAUGCAAGUAAUGCCACCAA